AUCUCAAUCGUAAAUUGAAUUUGGUAGAAUGAAUCUCAGGGUCAAUUUUUGAAAAUAACCCCCCACAUCCCAGAAUAGUUGCUCUUCAAGACUAUAAUAGUCCCUAAAAGCUUUUAAGAAAAUUUUAAAGCCUAAACAGUGUGAGCCACCAUUUGAAAAUCACAAUAAUUACAUAACAUUUCUACAUAAACAAUACCACUGAAGUGUCCUUUUACCUUUCGAGCUCCUUUUCAUCCAUGAUGAACCAAUAAAGUUUAAAAAACGUUAAAUGUAUUUCUUUCAGCUGGAGAAGUUCUUUCCAUCCGCCAUGUUGUUUCUGUGUGCCCGCGUAAGACUGGUAAUGAACUAGCCCCGGUCUAUCGCGGUUGACGGGGCGGCCAUUUUGGGGUUGUUUUCAAAGUGCGAAUAGCAAAUUUCGUUUACGUUAUGUCUUCGUUUUCAUUUGGAGCACCUAAAACAGGUUUUAGUUCGUUUGGUGCAGUACCUACAACUAAUGCUUUCUCGUUUGGCACUCCGUCAACAUCUUCUACUGGCACAACGAACAUAUUUGGCGCCAAACCAGCCACUUCUGCAAGCGCUUUUUCUUUCGGCUCAGGACUGGGCAAUACCUCAACAUUUGGAGCAAAAACAACAGGAACUAGUACCUUUGGCACAGGAAAUGUACUUGGCAGCACUGCACCAUCUUUUGGUAGUACUAUUGGUGGAGGGUUAGGUACUACUAGUGCCUUUGGCACACCUGGUCAGUCAACUGGCAUUUUUGGCCAGCAGGCAAGAACUACUGCUAAUACACUUACUGGUCUUGGACAGGCAACACAAGUCAGUAAUGCAGCAAUAUCACCUAUGGUUUUAAUCAACUUAGCUUUAUCCAAUCCACAAAUCCAUGGAGAUGAAAGAGAUGGUAUCAUUGCUAAACUAAACCAGCUUCAAGCUUACUGGGGAACCGGGAAGGGAUAUUACAAUCAACAGGGCUCAGCAGUUGACUUUAAUCMGGAAAAUCCAUAUUGUAGAUUUAAGGUUGCUGGAUAUAGUAAACUACCAACAGCUAGUAAUGAUGAUGGGUUUGUAGGAAUACAAAUCAAGAAAAAAGCAACAGAUGUCCARCAACAACAACAAAACUUAGUUAGUGAGYUACAGAAAUAUUUUGGUAAUAAACCUACCAUUAUGGUUUGUGUUGAUGGACUAAAACCACUCCCUGAUGACAGCACUGAAGUGGUGUUUAAAGUGGUUGAGCGUGCUGAUAAUGGUAUGACCAAGACAUAUCCUGCCAGCGAUGUUUAUACUUACCUAAACCAGGCUCAUCUUAAAACCCAACUACAAAACUUAGGGGUGACGAAUAUCACAGCCAAGACCAAUAUGUCAGUUGACUUACUACAACAGUACCUCAACACUCCUCCAGCAGGCAUUGAUGCAUUGUUAUGGGAGCAAGCUAAAAAAGAUAAUCCUGAUCCACAAAAGUUGAUACCAGUCCCAAUGACAGGCUUUGAGAACUUAAAAAAGCGACUUGAGUUUGAAGAGCAAGAAACCACCCAACAUCAAAAACGCUUAUCAAUUAUCAGUGAAGAGAUUGCAACCUUACAGGGCAACCAUGCCACAACUAUGGCAAAACUUGCACAGUUCAAGAGAAAACACUUAGAACUGAGUCAUAGAGUAUUAGAGGUAAUGGUCAAGCAAGAAUCAAUACGUAAAGCUGGGUAUUCUGUACAAGCAGAAGAAGAGCAACUAAGRGUACACCUAGAAUCCUUACAAGCUGAACUGAAUGCUCCUCUUCAGUUUAAGGCACGUUUAAAUGAGCUGUUAUCUCAAAUAAGACUACAGCAAAGUCAGGRUGUAGGCAGUGACAGGACAGAAGGGCGCUACUCUAUGGACCCUUCAUUGCAAAAUGAACUCAAACAGCAUCUUGAACAGCAGCAAGAAGGCCUGAUGCAUCUUAUAAGUAUUAUCAAAGAUGAUUUAGAAGAUCUGAAGACCAUUGACCAAGGAUUGGGAGAGAGCUUAGUGGUGAGAUAGCAACCAUAGUAUAAUUUACUUAAUCAAGGUAACAGAUAUAGAUCAUGGCUCAUGUGGUGAAGACAUGCAUUGGAGAUGGACUACUGGAUCAAGUGUUCAGUGGAUCAAAGGUAUCAUUGAAUCAAAGAGAUCAAAGGAUCAAUGAAUGUAUUACUUCACAUGACUCGAUGGGAUAACUGAAUCAAGUGGUUAUCGGAUCAAAGAAAUCAAGGAAUUACAGAAGAUAUAUUUAAAUAACAUGUGAUCAGAUCAGAGAGGUCGGCAAACUAUUUUACAUGACUCAUUGGAACUAAAGUGUUAUUUCUGGUUUAAUCAAGGAGUUCAUUGGAACAAGAGAUCAUUAGAUCAAAGAGAUCAUUGMAUUGACAACACAUGAUUAGACUAUGGUAUGGUGAAUCUACUCUAGACACUUCUGGUGUUAUUUUUAAUUGAAAGUACAAGCCUUCAGUUGUAAAUCGCAUAUCUUGGUCUAGGUGCGUAAUCAGGCAAUCGACGCGCGCGCAUAAAAAAGUUAGGAGGAUUACAAACUCCUCACAUUUCUUCGUUAUCCGCACAGCCACUCGUGAGUCAACUUGUUGUAUUCAUGAUAAGUGUGGUUGUGGACAGAUCAUUUUGUGAAUUGUGUAUAUCUAUAUUUAUAUUGAAUAUACCAGAAACAAAAAAAAUAUGUACGGAGGCAUUCUUUUACCGCAGGGUGGGUCCGAGUAAGGUUUUGCGGUAAUAAAAGCCGAUUUUAGUUAAAAUCGCUAUAUCUUUUGGUCGUUAAAAGUACAUGUUCUAUAAUUUAUUUCUACUAUACUGUUUAAUAUUUACUUUAAACAAUUUUCACAUACUAGGUUUUUUGGUGACAUAGUAAGAACUAGAAUAUUUGGCAAAGCUAAUCCACUACUUAUUUGUUUUCAAGAAAGAUUUGUACUCAGAUGGUCAACAAUGAGUAGCAAACAGACUGACGCCUGCAAAUCCUUCUCACCGGAGACAAUUACUUUCUGUUUAAUUUUUUAUUAACAACUAAAUGUUCUAGAAUAGUAUUUUUGUCCUUUMAACGACCGGUUCUGUGAAUGGCGUUGGUGUAGAUAAAUUAUGCUGUCACCUUUUAUUAUUAUGUUCAAUUGGUUUACUAUUUCAGUAUUUUUCAAGCAUAUUUUAGCUGCGGUAAGCCGAGUGUGGGCUUGACUGAUGCUCGCUAUAUGAAAAUGAACAUCUUACCUGUAAGAAAACACUGCUUUUAUUAUUAUUCAAUUGGACUUUGGCUUAUACCCAAUUCAUAUUCAUUGAUUUGAUAUACAUAAAGGGUUCCAGCUGUGCGAAGUCGAGAGGACAAAAUAUUUAAGCGAAAGGCUUACAAACUCUACUUCUUGUGAAAAUCUUUCUAAGAGUUCAUGUGAUGGUGCAUUAUUUUGUUCUUUUUUAAUUGCAUCGUGUCUUUCUUUCUCUCAUUCCAAAUUCACUGGAGAACUACUCAAAAAUCCCUGGUCUAAGUAGGGAGGUGUGUCUUCUGGGCCUGAUACAGUGUCUGUAGUGGUUCGGCUGGCAUGCAUUGCGUGGGCCGGUGUUGGUUCAAGUUAGUGCGGGUCAACGGUUUUCUAGUUGGUUUAGAAAAUCAGCAUUGGCUACUGCCAACGCUAAGCUCCUGCCAACGCUACGCUCCUGCCAGCAAGCUUUUUGAAAACCUUCAACUACGUAUAGAAACCCUGCAAAUUUUGUACAAAUAGUCGUUCCCGCAUGAGAUAUGAAUUCAAGACCUAGCUAUUUGAGCAGGCAGAUACCAGCAAGAUUUGUUGCGCAAUGUUUCCAUGAACACAAAAUAGGCAAUUGUUACCUCAGCGGCUGAUUUUUCAAGCAUCUGCAGUUUGAAUAACUAGUUCUAUAUUUGUAAUGAAAUGCUGCUGUGUCAUUUCAAUCUGAUAUGAAAACAUUGUAUAAAUUUGAAUUUUUGCGUGAUUCUUUUGCUUCACCGUAGGGUAUUGUUAUCUCUCGUAUUAAGUCUUAUAAAUGACCAAAAACUAGCGUUAAGUGAUUCAAUCACCUGCAUUAUGUGUUAAUCUUUUCUUCUUAUGCAGGUGGUGGCAUUUUUCAUAAACGCCCUUUCACACCUAUCCGGAUCGAUUUGAAAACAAAUGUUUAUUUUUGUAUUGAAUUCCAAUUCACACGGAAUGGAGUGAUUGGAGUGAAGCUUACAACCAUUGCUAGAGAGAGCGUCUGGAUAGACAAUGUUCGAUUCCAAAGUCAUACACGUGGACUUAAAGAAAAGAAAGCAUAUACAAAAGGAUUCCAAUUGAAGGGCUUAUAGAGAGUUAUUCUUCUCAAUGCGGCGGCUUUUUUGUAAUGACUAUAUUAAUACAGUUACUAGACCGUGAAUCUGACAGUGUGCAUUCAAGUCGAAUAAGCGCACGUAUCACAUUCGUCGGGUGUUUUUUUACCCUAUCAGUUCCUCUGAUGUUUUCCUGUGUUGGUACUUGGAGGACUCAACCAUGUAUAGUGGAAUGUGGUGUUCUAAGUAGGUGUGGUCCUACUUUGCCAGCUAAUAUCAAUGACAAAUAAGGCUUGUCUAGUUAAGAAUGUUUUACGUUAGCAAAGAAAGUUAUUUCAUUGUAUUUACUUAAAACAGAAAUCCGAUCAUCGCUAAAGCAUGUACUUAAUGUAGUUCUUACUUAUAAAUGUAGUGCUUACGUAUACUGUACGAGGUAUAAGACUAAUAAACAAAGUAGUACUUAA